CGACGUGCUAGCCUCCUUAAGGAUGAUAUCCUUCAACCCCAACCUCAGCGCAUCUCUGUCUCCCAUGCACCCGAUGUGCUUCCAGACAGUGUCACGAAGUUUCUCGCUACGUCUCUCGACAUGUCAUCCGAUGCAGUCGAUAAUCUAUGGUACAUUGUGAAGGAUCUCGUCUGGGAACUGCCAAUGAGUGCUGAGACAAGCGCUGAGGAUGAAGUUGCGUUCAAGCUCCAUGGCUAUGAACUAGGACUUGUGGGACGCACACUAUAUCCACCAGUCAAGACUUGCAUCAACCACGACUGCACCGCAUGGCAGCAUGGCACACUGCUGAAGAAAGAGGAACAGCGCCGCAUUGUCAUAUUUACUCACAGCAAGGGCGCAAAGCCUGCAUGGACAGUGCACUUAAAGUGUCGAGAAUGCAAUACGAACUACCAGUUCAACUACAGUGUCAAGGACCAGCUCCGAACAUACUACAGCAGCAUCCCACAACACAUUCAAGUCUCAGACCAUCAAUUUGUUGAGCUCAACCUUGCCAUGCAUUGGAUGGACCUCAUG